AUGGUUGGCUCUCCCCCAGACCUGGGGUCUCUGUGUCUGGAGUCUCGUGGAAUGUCACUGACUCCAAGACCUCAGUCGACACAGGGGAGGAUCUCAUCACAUAACUCCAACAUUCGAGCUUCACUGCAAUCAGCUUCAGGUUCAUUAUACUCUGACCCAGAUCUAAGUUGUUCUAUUACAAAAAUUGAACACAUUCUUGCUGAGAGAGCCAAGGAAAGACAAGCUGACUUGAGGAGAGCUUUCCAUGCUUGUGAUGUGGACCAAAGCCUAACGGUCACCAAGGGCGAAUUCCGCAGAGUGAUAGAAAAGUUUCUGCUGCCUCUUAACACAAAACAAUUCCAGAAUCUACUUGCAAAGCUUCCCAUCAACAGUGAUGAAACAGUUCCUUACAAGGUAUUUCUGGAAAAGUUCUGUGCAUCUGAUGGACCCAAAGUAAGAAGUGCAAGCAGCAGGAGCAGUUCCAUUUUAUCCAGUUGCAAUAUGACGUUAAAACAAAUUGAGAAUCAUCUCAGAGAAAAGAUUUCAAAUAAUUUGAAAAACCUCAUCAGAGCCUUUAAGUUGUUUGAUUAUAAUAAGGAUGAACACAUUCGGUGCUAUGAAGUUCGAAGAGUUCUUGAGAGCUACUGCUUUCGAAUGACAGAUUCUCAAUUUGAAAGGUUCUGUUCUCGAUACCACCUUUCUAGAACUGGAAAAGUGAAUUACAAGCAAUUCCUGGAAAAACUAGGCAUCUGUGUUGAACCCUAUAACAAACGUGUUUCAGAAAGUGUGGCACAAGCAAUGAACUGGGAAGAUGGUUCUCAAAAGCAAGAGAAGCAGCUAGAAAUCCAUCGACCAGUGAUUGAGGAGUCUGCCAUCAACUUAGAAAGGUUAUCCAUGGAUGAAAUUGAUUUGGCUUUACGAAAAAAGCCCAUGAAGGGUGUGAUUGCCUUCUGGAACAAAGUACGAGCCAACUAUCACAAUUUGUUGCAGGCGUUUUCGGCUUUUGAUGUGACGAAAAGUGGUUUAGUCUCAGUGGGAGACCUCAAAUCAGUUUUCAACAAUUUUGUAUUCCCUAUGAGCAAUGAAAUCUUUGAUGGCCUGAUGGAUAGGUUCAAUAUUAAUACUACUGGCAAAAUAGCAUGGAAACCAUUUUUACUCAGCCUCACAGAAUCAACAGCAAUGGAGAAUAGCUGGGCAAUACCAAAGCAGCAAAACCACAAAUGUUUGCAGGAUGAGAUUGUGCCUGGUAUUGAGGAUACUCCAAAGCCAGCUGCUUGUAAAAAAUCAGAAGAUUAUGUAAUGAAGUUUCAUGCGGAUCCUGUUGGAAGAUUAAUUGGGAACAGCAAGAGGAGAGACAUUCUCCAGAAACUGCAAAAAUAUUUCCAAGAGAGAUGCCCUGCAAUAAAGGAGGUAUUCAUAAUAUAUGAUGAUGAUCUUAAAGGUGUAAUCACUAGACAAGAACUGCGUCGAAUUCUGCAGAAUGUCCCUUUACGACUAACUGAUAAACAGAUCAAGGAUCUUAUGAUGUUGCUGGAUCCAGAGCACAGUGGCAUUGUCUACUAUAAUCAGAUCUUGGAUUUGAUUGAAGCUGAUGAAGGAAAGGUAGAAGAUAUUCUUUGUGACAAACUUAAACAAAAUUGGAAUGAUAUUCAAAAGGCUUUUCAGAAGAGUGAUCCUGAAAGAACUGGCACAAUUUGCCUUCCUGAAUUGCGAAAGAUCUUAGAAACCUACUGUUUCUCCAUUUCUGAUCAGCAUUUUGAGAAAUUGUGCCAGCAACAACAGAACAGCAACGUACAAGUUUCAUACCAAUCGUUUCUGGAACGUCUUGGGAUGACUGACAUUCCUAAAGUCAAUGGUACCAGCAGCAAAAGGAAGGGGCUCAGCAGCAGCCAGCUCAUCAGCCCCAGCCUCCACACCACCUCAGAUGAGGAUCCUGGGACCCACCAGAUGUUAGUAAAGCAAGAAAAUGAAGAUCUCAUAUUGGGCAAGAUGAUGACUGUGAAUGAGGUGAAAUCAGAGCUGUGGCAACGUAUUAUACAAUGUGAUGGUAACAUUAGGAAAAGUUUCCUUACCCACAAGAAGCAAUCCAAUGGAAAAAUCAACAAGGAAGGAUUCAGGAAGGUGCUGCAUGAUUGUGACAUAAUCAUGGAAGAACACCAGUUUAACAUUCUAGCUGAUAUAUUGGGUUUCAAGUAUCAAGACUUAAAUUUCUCUGACUUUUCUGAAUGCUUUAAAGAUUACAGAAUGGUAAAUCCAGUGGCUGGAUUAAAGCGGUGUUCCAGUGAUGCAGGUGAUUCCAAUAUGAGACAUAUGAUUGCUGAUGAUUGCUUUAAUUACAUCGUGGAUAAACUGAAAAAUAAUAUUUUGGAUUUGCCUUCUGUAUUUGAUCAAUUAGACCGUAACCAUGAUGGACUAGUUACGAUGUACGACUUUCGUACUCUGUUUGACAACUGCCUGCUAACAACAAUGGAGUAUCAUCGCUUUCUAGGGAUGUUGGGACUAAAGCCUGAGUCAAAACUAACUUACAUCGAUUUCCUUAAGAUACUUAAGAUGAUCGAGUCUAAGCAGAGCCACUGCUGGAAUACAUCUGUUUACAAGUUGGCCAAAUAUUCGGCUUCCGUUGAUCCGGUGAUCAGGACGUCAUCCAAGUACACUACUACUCAGAGAAGUCAUUGUAAUAGGCUUUCUGUGGUUCUUUGGAAAAUCGCACAGAAAGAUGAUACACCAAACGCAAUUGCAGCCCAGAAGCCUGGGUCUUUCACUUGUUACAAUGAUCACUGGAAGCUGGGCUGUCUGUUACCUAUGGGACUCAGUUGCAGCCCAAGAUAUGAUGAAGACUGUAAUAUGCUGACAUGUGAGCAGGUCCAUGACUUCCUAGCUAAUAAAGCCAGAACAAGGUGUUAUGAACUGACAAAGGCCUUUAAACAAAUUGACUCAGAUGGUAGCCUCGUUGUGCAUAGGAAAGAUAUGAGGGACCUUUUGUACCAGUUCUGUUUGCCAAUUUCAACAGCACAAUUUGAAAAGCUUUGGUCUUGGUAUGACUCAGCUAAGAAAGGUUUUAUCACUCACCUAGAGUUCCUGAAGAAGCUUAGGAAUAGAUUUGCAUCACAAGCCCAAACAGACAGCAAACAAAUUGUUCCAGAAAGCCAAAGCAGCAUAUUGGAUCAUUCCAACAAGCAACAGCAAUUCCACAUGGAUGGCACUCAACAGCAGAAACUUCAGACAGGAAAUCUUAAUAUUGCUGAGUUAAAAAAACAGCUCAAAGCUAAAUUCAGGAAUCACCACAAAGGCUUUAAUGAGGCCUUUGAUAAACUAGACAAAAGGAAUGAUGGCUGUGUGUCAGUAAAUGAUUUUCAGAGAGUCCUGAAGGAUCACAACUACCACUUGGGUGAAGAACAGCUCAAACAGCUCUUGGUCAGUUUGGAAAUCCCAAUGCACAAUUGCAAAUUUUCUUAUUCCGAUUUCUUGAGAGCCAUUGAGAACAUUGAGGAUAAGCCGUUGAAGCAUGGCCCAAAGCUUACAUUUAUUCCACCUGAAAACUUUCAAAUACCAUCUCCAGAGAAAAUGCUCACUAAACUAAAGGGCGCUGUCACCAAAUCCUCAGGUACAUUGUUUAAGGCCUUCAGAUCAUUUGAUAAAUAUGGAAAUGGAAAGAUCAAUUCAUUAGCAUUCCGCCAGGUGCUUCAUAAUGUAUGCUUCAGACUGACAGACAGGGAGUUCAAUUACCUCCUCAGCAAAUUAAAAUUAGACUCAGACUACAUGGUAGACUGGCUUGACUUCCUACAGAGCUACAAUAUUUACAAUUACAAGGCUGCCCAGAUACCAGAAGGACAAGAUCAAACCACAAGGCCUAAAUCGUCUCAGCAGUUAACAAUGAAUGAUAUUAUCACCCAUAUCCGGGAGGUUGUCAAUUCAUGCCUCUACACUGUUACUCAAGAGUUUGAAGACGUUGAUUAUGCUAAUAUAAAAGUUAUUUCUAAGAAGCACUUUAAGGAAAUAUUUUUCAAGCAUUUCAUGAGCCUCACAGAUGAACAGUUUGAAAACGUAUGGAACCAUUUGCCAGUCAAUGAUUUUGGAAAUCUGGACUACCACAAAUUUCUGAAGCAAUUCACUGGAGAGUCAUUGGAUGUGCAAUCGAAGGGCAGUCGAGCAACAUCACCGGCAAAACAAUCACCAACUGGACCUGUGAGUAGGCCGCCUUCUGAAGCUCAGCGUCCCAAAACUGCAUCUUCCGUCCACAGUGAUUGCAAGCCAGUAGAGUUGGCACAACAACUAGCCUCUGUGACACCAUCAGUGAGCUGUGAGGUGAUUGAGCAGAAGCUGAAGAAAGAUGUUUCCAAAUUCUGGAAAGCAAUAGAAAAGGAAUGCAAAGAGAAGGACACUGAAAAACAGGGUGAAAUUGAUGCCAAAGAUUUUAAGGAUAUAAUGAAAAAGUUUUGCAUAAUAAUUAAACCAGAAGAGUUCCAGCAGCUGGUGAAAAAGUAUGAUAUCAAGAACACUGGGCGUUUUGCAUACAAUGAAUUUCUUCAGCGUCUUGUCCUGUCACUGGGGCCAUUGGACAUGAACCCACAGCAGAGAAUGAGAAUCCCACAUCCAAAGAUCCCAAUGAGUCCUGGAGCAGAACAUGAGAUAUUUACUAACCUAAUGAUGCGGAUCCAGCCAUGUAUAACAAAGUGUUGGAAACUAAUACGACGUACUUUCAAAGCUUAUGAUGACAUUGGGAAUGGGUACAUCUCACUUUUUCAAUUUAGACAGGCCCUGCAGCAAUAUGAUAUCAUCAUAACUGAGGAGGAGUUUUACUACCUGUGUUCUUAUUAUGACAAGCACCUACAAGGAAUGAUCUCAUACAAUGAAUUUCUGCGCGCUUUCCUCUGA